AGCUCCGGGUUCAGUUUUUGAAACUGGCCUCUUCAAGUUUUAGCAUGAAUAAACUAACAAGUAAGAAUUAUGCUCCUAUUAUUGACAUCACAGACACCUUUGGCCGUUAUGGACCUUGGCAAAGAAGGGUCUUCAUCUUUAUGUCAACUGUAAGUAUUUUUUCAGCUAUGCACAAUCUGGCCAUUUCAUUUUUUGCUCCUAACAUUGACCACUGGUGCAGCCGUCCUCCAGAGUACCAGAAUAUGUCCGUAGAUCAGUGGAAAAAUUUCACAAUCCCACUAAUAAAAGAUGACGAUGGAAAGACUAGUUUUAGCAAAUGCCAAAUGUUUUCCUUCCCUUCACUGAACUCUACAAACAACGAAACUGAUGUUAUUGACUGCCCAAGUUGGGAGUAUGAAGAUAGCUUCUAUAUAUCUACCAUUGUGUCCAAGUGGAACUUAGUUUGUGACAAAGAAUGGGCCAUUUCUAUGAGCCAGUCAGCAUUCAUGGGUGGUUACAUGACAGCAGUGAUGGUGUUUGGGCAACUCUCCGACAGGAUUGGAAGAAGACCUGUAAUUGUCAUUGCUGUGACAAUUUUUCUGCUUUCUGGAAUUACCUGUCUCUUUGCUACCAGCUUUAUGAUGUUUGCCAUUUUGAGAUUCUUCAUCUCCUUUGGUGUGUCAGGAACUGGAGGAACAGCAUUUGUUCUGUUGAUGGAAGCAGUAGGUCCAGAGUUUCGAUCAUUUUUUGGCCUUGCCUUUAACUUUGGUUGGGCAUUAGGAUACAUUAUUUUACCUGGAUUAGCAUGGCUAAUACGUGACUGGUAUUACCUUCAGGUGGCAAUUACUGUCCCUUGUUUUUUGUUACUUCUAUUUUGGUGGUAUGUCCCUGAAUCACCUCGUUGGCUGGUAGCCAGUAGACGCUUUGAGGAAGCAGAAAACGUAAUAUUAUGUGCUGCAAACAAGAAUAACUUUCCUGAAGUGCAUGCCAAGACAACAUUUCACCAAAUGAUGGACGACAUUCAGAAGGAAGAGGGGCACCAAGAGAAGAAGCGUGCCACGGUGUUCGACCUUCUCAAGACACCAUGCAUGCGGAGGAAAAGUCUCAAUUUGUUUUUCUGUUGGUUUGUAAAUUCAUUCAUCUAUUUUGGUCUUUCUCUGAACACCAAUGAUCUGGGGGGAGACCCCUUUAUAAACUUUUUCAUUGCUGGAGCAGUAGAGUUUCCUGCUUACAUCUUUGCUAUUGGUAUUAUCAAGUGGUUUGGGAGAAGAAUUCCUCAGAUGGCACUGAUGAUAGCAGGAGGAUUGUCUUGCCUCUUGACCAUUCCAUUUACCCAUGAGCUAUUAUGGUUACGAAUCACUUUGGCCAUGGUUGGAAAAUUUUGCAUCACUGCUUCAUUUGGCAUCAUCUAUGUGUUCUCUGCCGAGGUCUUCCCGACCGUGGUUCGGAAUGUUGGUGUAGGGUCUAGUUCUACUUGUGCUCGUGUUGGUUCCAUGAUUGCUCCUUUCGUCAAAGAGUUGGGAAGAGCCACACACAAGGACCUUCCAUUUGCCAUGUUUGGGACCAUGUCUGUUGUUAGUGGUCUAAUGGUCUUAUGGCUUCCUGAGACCCACAAGAAAAUACUGCCUGAUACUCUGGAAGAAGGAGAAAUAUUUGGCUUAAAAGGCAGUUCUCUUCAUAAUAGUCCCUCUAGAGUUGCUCUGCAAGAUGAAACCACCAAGACUGAAGAUGAUAAUUUAUAGGAGAGGUGGGAUUAUUGUGUGUGAAGUAUUGAUGUGAGAAUUAAUGUUAUCCUUGUACUAAAAAAUUCCAGUUGCAAAAAUUAACUGUUACAUUUAAUUAUCUGGUUAAUUAUUGAUAAGAUGCUCUUGUAAUGUCUUUAAAAAUUACACUACAAUGUAGUGUAGGAUUUGUAUAACACAUACAGUAAAGUAAUAUACAAAAACAUGUAUAUAGACUAUGGUUUGAAGUUAUUGGU